AUGGCGAAGGUGCAAGUGUUAAAUGUGGCCGUUUUAGAUAACCCCAGUCAAUUUCGAAACCCUUUCCAGUUUGAAAUCACCUUUGAGUGCAUGGAGGAUCUCCCAGAAGAUCUGGAAUGGAAGAUAAUCUAUGUUGGUUCGGCUGAAAGUGAGGAGUAUGACCAGGUGCUGGACUCUGUGCUGGUUGGACCUGUCCCCGCUGGAAGACACAUGUUUGUUUUUCAGGCGGAUGCGCCAAACACUGGAUUAAUUCCAGAGAGUGAUGCUGUAGGUGUCACUGUGGCCCUUAUUACAUGCACUUAUCGUGGACAAGAGUUUAUUCGCAUUGGUUAUUAUGUUAACAAUGAAUAUACUGACCCUGAGCUUCGAGAAAAUCCACCAAUCAAGCCUGACUACACACAGCUCCAGAGAAAUAUCUUGGCCUCAAAUCCACGUGUUACUAGAUUUCACAUAAACUGGGAAGGCACUGCAGAGCGAAUGGAAGAUUGUGAAAAUGUGGACCCAUCAUCAAACUCCAUGCAUCCACCAUCCUGUCUCCCAGGAAAAGCUCCACCCAUGGGACUCCUUCCCGACAACUCCAUGGACUGCUUGUAG